UAAUUUGGUCAUUUGGGAAUCUGAUUAUUUGAAAAUUUCGUAAUUUGAAAUUCUAGGACUUUGAACAUUUAUAUCACGAAGUAUACACGUUGUAUGUCGAAAACAUUCCAUGUGCGUUACUCCUCAUGCGCAGAAUGAAUAAAAACUCGUCAUCCGAUAACGAAUAGAAUGAACUUUAUUAUAAGCAGCAUGUUUUAAGAUAUUUCUUAUUUCGCAAUAUUUACAUAUGUAUCUUUUUCUUAAAUAAAAGUAAUAAAUUAUAAUAGAAUUGUAAUUUAUUAUUAUGAAUUGCACAAUAAGUAGCAUAUGUGCAGGGACUUUUAAAUUCUUUUAUUGAAAUUGGGAUCGAGAAUGCGCGCCAAAAUGUAUGGGUAUAAAGAAUCACAAGUUUGCAAUUACAGAUUUUAGCAAAGUGUAUGAAGAGUUAUUACAUGAGCACGUGUUAUAAAAAGUCAUUAAUCAAGUUAUAAACAAUGCCACUAAUAAAGAAACCUAUGCGUUAUGCGCAUCCAGAAGGACACACGCAUGUUUGUUAUUUCACUGGUGAAAAAAGAGGACUCGUUACUUGUGGGUCAGAUGGGGAUGUUCGAUCCUGGUUGAAUUUAAUGGAUGAUGAUCCAGCUGCAAGUUGUGUUUCUGAACAGGCUAUAUCAGUCGUAUCAAAGAAUGGAAAAAUAUUUGUUGGAAAUGAUAACAAUACUGUUCAGAUACUGAAUUAUCCUGAUCUUGAAAAAGAAGGGAUAGUGACUAGGUUUUCAGCUGCUGUAUCAGCAUUAGCAACAACAAAAGAUAGUAAUAUUAUAGUAUCAGGGUCUUGUGAUAUGAGAAUUCAAGUGACUGAUAUUAAUACAUCAGAUAAUAUAGAAUUAUUGGGACAUGAAGCUCCUAUAUUAGGUUUAUCAUUGGACCCCAAAGAAGAAUUUGUGGCAUCAUCAAGUGCAGAUGGGUCAGUACGUGUAUGGAAUAUUAAAGACAAACAUGUUGUGAAUACAUGGGCUAAUGUUGUACCUAAAUGUAACUCAUUUUUUACUGCUAAAACAUAUGGUGUUCCUUCAUUUCACCCUAAAGAUGGAAGUUAUCUUGCUUAUCCAUUUAUGAAGGAUGUAGUUAUAGUAGAAAGAUCUUCUUGGAAGGAAUUAUUUCGUUUAAAAUGCAUUAAUAUAAAAAGUGAAAUCAGCAUUUGUAAAUUUUCUGAAUGUGGCACAUUAAUAGCUGCUAGUUCAGUAACUGGAGAAAUAAUUGUUUGGAAUAUGCAAACAAAGGAAUUAGUUGGCUAUAUUGAACAUCAGCAAAAUUCUAAAAUUACUGCAUUAUGUUGGAAUAUUGAUAAACCAGAUGAGAUAGCAUUUUGUGAUGCUCUGGGUCAAUUAGGAUGUAUUGAUGUGAUAUUUGAUGAUAAGUUAACAGAUAAUGAACAAAAUGUAGAAACAAAUGGAGAUAUUGGAGACAACAAUGUUGAUAUGUUAGAAGAAGAUGAUGAUGGAGAAAAUGUUAUAUCUUUAAAUAAAAUUAAAGCCUCUGCAGAUCUUGAAGAUGACAAAUCAAGUGUUUCUGAUGCACGCUCUGAAAAAUCACAACAUGAUGUAAAUGUUCUUCCACCUGAAGUUCACUUACAACCACCAUUUCAACCUGGCUCAUCCCCAGUACAUUUAUUAUCCCGUUUUAUGGUGUGGAAUGAUACCGGUAUGGUAAGGUGUUUUACUUCCGAAGAUGGCGAUGAGUCUAGUAUUGAAGUUGAGUUUCAUGACGUGACAAUCCACCGUAGUAUGCAUAUUAAUAAUUAUUUAAGACAUACAAUAGCAGCUUUAUCUCCAGAAGCACUAGCAUUGAAUUGUCCAUCGAGUAGCGAUACCCGAAGUAAACUUGUUGUAAUAGCAUUACAAGGUUGGGGUUCUGGAAAUAAAGAAUGGUCUACAGAUCUACCUGAAGAUGAAGAAGGACAGUGUAUUGCCGCUGGUGAUAAUUUCGUAGCUCUUUCGACAUCUAGAAGAUAUUUAAGGAUUUUUACAGUAGGUGGAACGCAGCGUGAAAUGAUAGGUUUACCAGGCCCUGUGGUGGCAAUGAAUGGACUCAAAAAUAAUUUAGUGAUUGCUUAUCACAGUGGAAUAGGGGUGUCAGGUGAUCAAUGCAUGAAUUUACUAUGGAUUCAAAUUCGUAGAUCGACCUUACACAGUCGAACACUAUGUCUUCCGUUAUCACCUUCAUCAGAACUUAUGUGGUUAGGACUUUCUGAUCUUGGAUCUCCUGUUAUAAUGGAUGCUGAUGAUAUUAUUAAAGUUUAUAAUAAAAAAUCUUUCCUGUGGAAAGUUGCCAGUGAUAUGAAUGGACAGUCUAAGGGUAAAGCAGAUCAUUAUUUCAUAAUUGGAAUUAAUGAAGCACAAAGUAUAGCUCGCUGCGUUUUGUGCAAAGGAAGUCACUACCCACCAACUACUCCACGUCCUGUCAUCGCAGAAAUAACUUUAAGUCCACCGCUUUGUGAAUUUGAAAGUGAAAAGACAGAAAAAGAAUUAAAAUUAUGGAAAUUGGGAAGUGAUCCUUUAGAAGAAGACGAAGCAGUGUUGUCCCUUAUUGCACUUGCUUGCCGAAGCAAUUUGGAAUAUCGUGCAGUGGAAUUGUGUGAACAACUCGCAUCAGAGAAAGUCAUAGAAUUAGCGAUUAAGUACGCACGAAGAAUAAAUCGAACAGCCUUAUCUAAUAAAUUAGAAACAAUCGCUGAUAUAAAGGAGGAAGAAAAGAAAAACGAAGUGGAGAAUAAGAAUAACGAUGAAGAUCUUAAAAGCGACGAAGAAGAACCUCUGGAUAAUGAUCCUAAUGAAUCAACGGUCUUACUAACUAUUAAAAAGCCAGAUAUAGAAAUUAAGCCAUUAUCUAUGAAUGAAACAUUAUCAAUGAAAAGGAGUAAUCCAUUCUUAAAGAGCGGAAAUUCUCCGACUGUAAAAGGAUUAGCUGGAUUAGACGUUACUCCGGACAAACCACAAAAGCCAACAACAUUAGUUACUCCGAAGCCGAAAACAAAACCGGCAAAAGAUACUCCGAAGAAAGAAACAUUUGUUAGUUGGUAUGCUAAGAAUAAAAAAAGUUUACAGGAAGAGUUCCCUGAAUUGAGUCCAGCAGAUUUAACGAAAGCUGCUUUAGCAAGAUACAAAGAAAAGGAGGUGGUUAAAAAUCAAGACAGUUCAGAAUCUUUAGAAUCAAAAAAGAGGAAAUUGAGCCCCGAAAGUGAUCAAAGUAAUCAACCGAAACGGGGUACACUACUUAGUUCCUUCGCAUACGAAAAAUAAAUACUUUUAUCAUAAUGUAAGAUAUAUUUUUAUAUUUCUAAUUUAUAUAUGUGAUAUUUAUUAU